AUGCAGGGGGUGGCGCCGCUGGCUCGGAGAAAGCGAAGCGAAGCAAUCAGCUGGGGAAGCGCCGCCUGUUUGGAGAGUCAAGGCGUCGUGGAGAAAGAGCUCCUUCCCAAUACAACCGGAAGAGAAUGGUUGAGAGGCGCUAAGGAAAAAGGGGAGCGCCGCCUGCGCGAAGUAAAGCGCCGAGGUGAGAAGGCGAGCGGCCGAUUAGUGAGGCGCCGAGGAGAGAUGGCGGACGGCUGA